GCACGUUUUGAAAUAUAGGAAAAAGUAAAAAUUGACAGACGUUUUGGCACAUCUGUCUGCUUUCAAUUUCUAUACCAUUUAAAACCAACAAAAUAAAUCACAAACAUGGUUCAAAAUACAUAAACAUUUAAGCCGGAACCUCUCCCCAUCAUUAUGUUACCGAGGAAAGUGAAAAUGAAAUAAAAUGAGGUGAAAGGAUACAAAUGGGUGCGACCGAUAAAGUAGAUCUUAGCACAACACAGUCCGAUCUCAUGGUGUUGCAAGAAAAGGGGUUCAUAUUAGAGAAAAUCAUUGGAGAAGGAUCUUAUGCUAAGGUUUACAAAGCUACGCAUAUGGUCGACGAGACCCGCCACACUAUAAUGGCUUGUAAAGUAAUCGACACAGCGCAAGCUCCCCGCGACUAUCUCACUAAGUUCUUACCGCGCGAAUUAGACGUUCUUAUACGCAUUAACCACCCCCAUAUUGUUCACGUUUCCAAUAUAUUUCAACGCCGAGCGAAAUACUUUAUUUUCCUCCGAUUUGCCGAGAACGGCGAUCUGUUAGAUUUCCUAACUCAAAAUGGUGCUGUGCCAGAAAACCAGAGCAGAUUGUGGAUGCGGCAAAUAUUGUCGGGUCUUCAAUACAUACACACGUUAAACAUAGCUCACAGAGAUUUAAAAUGUGAAAACAUAUUAAUUACAGCAAAUUAUAACGUGAAGAUCACAGAUUUUGGUUUCGCUCGGAACGUUCGUCAACGCGACCGUGACAUACUGAGCGAGACCUACUGUGGCUCGCUGUCGUAUGCAGCGCCAGAAGUGCUCAAGGGUGUGCCAUAUUUGCCGAAGCUAGCCGAUAUGUGGUCGUUGGGAAUAAUACUCUACACAAUGCUAAAUAAGGCGUUGCCUUUUAAUGAAACCUCCGUCAAGAAGUUAUAUGAGAAACAGGUGAUGAGGAAAUGGCGUUUUCGUACGAGCGUAGUGAACCAGUUGUCGACAGAAUGCAAGCAACAGGUGACUCAGUUGAUGGAACCAGAAGCGAAAGCGCGUCCGACCGCCGGAACCAUUUUCAACGGACCUUGGAUUGGCAUGGAUCCAAGACUCACAAAGCUAACGUUCUUAGAAGAGUCUCUACUAAAGCAGGCGCAGGAAGACGCACAGAGGCGAGAGAGAGAUGCGGAGGAAGACAGUGAAGUGGAGAGGAUUGCAGAACUACGUCGUAGGGGACGCGGCAAAGAGGGAUUGAAAGUAUUAAAAAAUGCCGACACGAACUACAUAAAAUCUCAACAUCUAUUUGAUAGUAAAGAGUAAAGAAAACAACAGUUGUGUUCAUUCAGUAUUUAUUAACUUUUACAUUUUAUAUUUUAUGAUUUUAAGGUGUCGUAAAAAUGGUAUACAUUAUUGUACAAA